AUGACCGCUGCACUUAGGAUGCUUGCUUAUGGAGUAGCGGCUGAUUUUAUGGAUGAAUAUGUGAGAAUAGCAGAAACCACUGCAAUAACUAGUUUGAAAAAAUUUGUUGCAGCAGUGGUUGCUAUUUUUUCAGAGGAAUACUUGAGGUCACCAAACAAUGAAGGCAUCGCUAGAUUGUUAGCCCAUGGCCAAAACCGUGGAUUUCCAGUGGCUUCAUAUGAUCUUUGGAUAUGGCACUCAUUUUUUGGGUUACCUGGAUCAAACAAUGAUAUUAACGUGUUGGAGCGGUCUCAUGUAUUUUCUGAACUUACACAAGGACGUGCUCCUGCAGUUAAUUACUCAAUUAAUGGUGAGGAUUACACAAUGGGAUAUUAUCUUGCCGAUGGCAUAUAUCCACAAUGGUCAACAUUUGUGAAGACAAUCCCAAGGCCACUAUUAGCAAAAAAAAAAUUAUUUGCAAAAGCUCAGGAGGCAUAUAGGAAGGAUGUAGAGCGUGCAUUUGGAGUGCUUCAAGCACGAUUUGCUAUUGUACGUGGACCUGCACGGUUUUUCUAUCAUGAAACACUACAUGACAUUAUGAAAGCGUGCAUAAUUCUUCAUAACAUGAUUAUUGAAGAUGAGCGAGAUGAAGCUGAAGCAGUGGACUUAGAUUAUGAACAAAUUGAUGAGAUUUCAUGUACACCAAUGUCACGUGAGCCAACAAAUGAAUUUACGGAAUUCAUUCAAGUUCAUCAAUGCAUUAGGGAUCGAGAAGCUCAUUCUCAACUCCAAAUGAAUCUCGUUGAGCAUUUAUGGCAAUUACAAGGAAAGUCAUGA